AUGGCGGGAGCGGCAGCAGCAGUGGUGCUCAUGGAUGGAGAGCCUUCCCGUAGCUUAGCUACUUCUGAAGAUGAUGCUGAUUUCGAAGAGGAUGACGACAUGGUUCCCGACAUGAUCAAUGAGGACGCAAAUGCAUAUGCUGCUAACAUUCAAUUGCAAAAUGGCUUGAUCGGAAAUCAUAGCGAUCUGGAGGAUGACAGAGAGGGACCGGAAGGAGAAGAGGAUAUGUUAACAGAUGAAGAUGCAGAUGGAGAGGAGGACGAUGAAAUGCUCGACGAGCCAGACAAUUUGGAUCACGCUGAGGGAGAAGAGGUAGAUGAGAACCAAGAGCCGGUUGAAGGAGAUGAGGAUGACGAUGAUGCGGAGGGAGUUGGUGCUGUCAAAAUUCAGCCUGGUUUAGAGGACGAUGAUGAUGAAGACGCAGAGAGUGGCUCCGAUAGCGACAGCUCUGCGGAAAUUGAAGAAGACGACGAAUCUAAGGAUUCUAGUGAUGUCGAGGAAGAAACACGAUGGCAAUCCAAUGGGGAGGAAGGAGAAGAGGGAGAGGAAGAACACGUAAAUCCGAAUCGCUGCAUAUUCUGCGAGCAAGAUGAGGACGAUGAUCCGAGUGAAGAAUUCGAACUUUAUUUGGCAUGUGAGAUGUGUGGAGACAAUGCGCAUCGGCAAUGCGCCAGAAAUUCAAAUGCACUCAAGUCUGACGAAGAGGCGGAAAAAUGGUAUUGUCCGGGAUGUCACGAAAACCGUCUUGUGCCCGAAAGUCCAAGUGCAGAUAUCGAUAUGCUUGAAGGCCCAGAGGAAGAAGAUGCGGAGGAAGGCGGCGAAGAGGCAGACAGUGAAGAUGCGCCAAUCAAAGCAAACGAAAGGAGAAUUUCGAGGGACAGAGUCCCAGGGGAUUUAUUACCGCCCAGACGUGGUACAAUCAAAUCAGAUUCACACUCCGUCUUCGAACAACUAAUACCACCAGAAGAUCCCAUGGAUGGCUCACGUUUGUUGCGCAAGAGAAAAACUUCAUCCGUGGAAGCUGAUGAGGGACUCGUUUUGAGAAAAAGGACCCGUGACCGAGAUGCACUUUCCGAUAAUUCUAAACCAUCAUUUGACGAACCACAUGAUGAAGCUAAAGUCGACAACGAUAGCAACUUAUCACUGACUAACGGCAAAAGGAACAAGAAAAGGGUGGAUACACCUACAAGCCCGCGUGUUUCAAGAUCUUUACGUCAAAAGACUUCGUCAUCCUUAAGCCCGCCAGUCAAUAUUGUCGAGAAAUUGCCCGGCACUCUCAAAAUCUCCUUUCGCGUUGAUCCUAUGGAACUGAGGCAUAUUCUCUCAUUACCCCCUAAACCAAAAAAGAAACGCGGCGGUCGUGGCGUCUCAAAAGCUCGAUCCGCAGCGAUUUCUGCCGCCCUCGUCCCCUCGAGUUACUCACAAUCAUUCUACCCCUCCAUCCACGAGAAAGAACUGGAAGAGCUGAAAUCCAAACCAUAUGGUGGUAUUCUUUCCGAAGCUGACGCUGAUACAUCUUUAACACUACCUAGAGCAGAGCAUCGACGUCAAUUUGAAGAUGCUCGCCAAACGGCUGAAGAGGACUGGAAGGCAAGGGCAGCGGCAGCAGCAGAAGCUGCUGCUAAGGCAGGAUUGAGAAAGGCACGCAAGGUGUCAGGUCCAGCCAGCCAAAUUGAAUAUAUUGAUUUUGGGGCAUAUCAGAUCGAUAUCUGGUAUGCUGCUCCAUAUCCAGAAGAAUAUAGCCGUAACAAGGCACUUUUUAUAUGUGAGUUCUGUUUGAAGUACAUGGAGUCCGAUAUUGUUGCCUGGAGGCAUAAGACAAAAUGUCCAUGGAAACACCCUCCUGGCGACGAAAUUUACCGAGAUGGAAAGAUCAUGAUUUUUGAAGUGGACGGUCGCAAGAACCCACUAUACUGCCAAAAUCUUUGUCUCCUAGCAAAACUCUUUCUCGGGUCGAAAACUCUUUACUAUGAUGUCGAGCCUUUCCUUUUUUAUGUCAUGACGGAAUAUGACGAAUUGGGCUGUCACUUCGUGGGCUACUUUUCGAAGGAGAAGCGACCUAGCAGCCUCAAUAAUGUCUCAUGUAUCCUCGUACUGCCUAUUCAUCAACGGAAGGGAUAUGGUCACUUGCUCAUCGACUUUUCGUAUCUUCUCACUCGUGUUGAGAAGAAGACUGGCUCUCCUGAGAAGCCUCUUUCGGACAUGGGUCUAGUCUCUUACCGUAAUUACUGGCGACUCGUUUUAUGUUACUACUUACAAAGAUUUCAGCCGUCUGAACGUGUUCCAAGCAUCAAGGCUAUUUCUGACGAAAUGGGUUUAACGCCAGAUGAUGUUAUUUCGGGUCUUGAUGCCAUGGGCACCCUCGUCCGCGAUCCCACGACUGGCACCUAUGCCAUGAAGUUGAAGCCGGAUUACUACAAGGAGGUUAUUCGCCAUCAUGAAGCAAAAGGAUACGCGAAACUAAAUCCUAAAGGGUUGGUCUGGACGCCUUUCGUCAUGGGUAGAGGUAAUGCUUCUGCUUACGAUCAUGCACCGCCACUUAACACGGUAGCACCACGCGAGGAGGACGAAGACGAAGUACCCAGUGUCGAAGGUAUAUCUAAUGAAAGUGUCCAAGGCACAUCUUUGAACGGUCUUACGAAUGGUGAUACAGAAGAAAUGACAGCAUCAUUAGGCAAAAUGAAUACCGGGGCUAUUGAUGUCAUUAAAGUUGCAAGCUCAGAAGGCAGUGUUGGAAAGUCGGCGAUGACGCAAAAGCUCAAUGGUAUAACUAAAAAGUCAUACUAUGAUCUUGCCUCCUCGAUCCCGGCUAUACGUUUUGUAGUAUUUCCUCCCUUGCCUGGUGCUCGAAGUAGAACUAUUCCACGCCCAACCUUAGCGCGACCAUCUUCACGUGCAAGACUAUCAACCUCCUCAUCUGCUCGACCCAAACCUCGGAGGGCGGCGGGGGUACCUAUUCGACGUGCAUCCACUACGUCUGCAUCUGCUUCGAAGGCGCGGACUGCAGCGCGUAGAAAGAGCGGAGGUACAGGGCGUGGGCCUGGUAGAUGGCCAAAAGGAACCAAGAAGAGCGAUUUUGGGAAUGCGGAGAGUGGUCCCGGUUUACCGCCUAGAUUACUGAAACAGCGCAGUAAGCUAGGAAAUGAGGUAUUGCUUGGCGACGAAGAGGAAGGGAAUGAAGAGACAAGAAGUGACCUCGAUGAGUCGGCAAUCUACGAUACUCCCGCGCCGAGAUCGAGACGAGAUAGAGAUUUGUCACGCAAGGGUGUCGGACUAGGCAAGCCUAUUCUCCUGGGCAAAGGCACAGGGGCGGGAAUAGGAAAAGGCAAAAGCCCUCUUGUUGAUGCGGAGGGCGAUCAAGAGAUGGCCGAUGUACCAGUUGACGGAAGUAAAGCUGAUCGUAACGCGGAUGUAGAUCAGGAUGCCAAUAUAGACCCAAACCUUGAUGCGAACACGAUUCUGGGCGCAGGAGGGGAUGUGGAUGCAGAGGGUGAAGAUGAAUAG